CAACAAGGAGACAUACGAUAAAGAGAACCUCUUCAAUAGCCUGAACUAUGACGUGGCGGCCAAGAAGAGAAAGAAGGACAUGCUGAACAGCAAAGCCAAAACCCAGUAUUUCCACCAAGAAAAAUGGAUCUAUGUUCACAAAGGCAGCACUAAGGAGCGCCACGGGUACUGCACCCUGGGGGAAGCUUUCAACAGGCUGGACUUCUCAACCGCCAUCCUGGACUCCAGAAGGUUCAACUACGUGGUGCGGCUGCUGGAGCUGAUCGCCAAGUCACAGCUCACCUCCCUGAGCGGCAUCGCCCAGAAGAACUUCAUGAACAUUUUGGAGAAAGUGGUGCUGAAAGUCCUUGAAGACCAGCAAAACAUCCGCCUCAUACGGGAGCUGCUCCAGACGCUCUACACGUCGCUGUGCACGCUGGUCCAGCGGGUCGGCAAGUCUGUGCUGGUCGGGAACAUCAACAUGUGGGUGUCGCGCAUGGAGGCCAUCCUGCACUGGCAGCAGCAGCUGGACGACAUCCAGAUCAGCAGGCCGGCCUUCCGGGGCCUGACCUUCACGGACCUGCCUCUGUGCCUGCAGCUGAACGUCAUGCAGCGGCUGAGUGACGGCCGUGACCUGGUCAGCCUGGGCCAGGCGGCCCCCGGCCUGCUCGCGCUCAGCGAGGACCGGCUGCUGUGGAAGAGGCUCUGCCAGUACCACUUCUCCGAGCGGCAGAUCCGCAAGCGAUUAAUUUUGUCGGACAAAGGGCAGCUGGAUUGGAAGAAGAUGUAUUUCAAACUCAUCCGGUGUUACCCCAGGAAGGAGCAGUACGGAGACACCCUGCAGCUUUGCAAACACUGUCACAUCCUUUCCUGGAAGGGCACUGACCACCCGUGUACCGCCAACAGCCCAGAGAGCUGCUCCGUCUCGCUGCUGCCCCAGGACUUCAUCAACCUGUUCAAGUUCUGAACCGCAGCAC